UCAGGUUCAGGGUCCAGGGCUGGGUGGAUGGGUGGGGGGGCUUCUGUUUUUUCUCACACUGUGUUGUUUUAAGUCUUUUAAGUACGAAAUAGAUUUAGAAAACGGUUUGUUUUAGGAUUGUAUCCGAGGGCCGCUCAUGUUAACACUGACAUAAUCCACUUGUGUUUCACUACGAGGCUGCAGAUGGAGCUGAUUUCAUUAAAACAUAGUAAACAGUGGCUGCUUCACUUCAGACUGCUGCAGUUGUUCCUUUACAUAAAUAAUAACGUCAGAUACUUGUAGUGCCUGUUUGUGUGUUUUAUUUCAUUUAAACGAAGUGGAGGAUGAUCUUAUUUAUUUAUCAGUGUUACUAACCUGUAGAGUUUCUUCUGUCUCUCUGUGAACCCUACCACUGCUACGAGAUGUUGAUUCUGAAAAUGUCCAAAUACAAAGUGUGAUGUGAUGAGUUGUCUACAUGAGUGUCUGUAAAUGGGAAACCUGACUGGAGUUUCGUGGUCUCGUGCAAAGAUCAAAUGUUUGUCAUAACACAGAAAAAAGAGCAAAGUAAUCUAAAAAACGAACUUUCCUCGGCAGAAACGUUACCAGCUACGACCGCCUCUGCCCUCUCUGAGCCCGGCUUGAAUCGGAAAAGAGAAGUAGUAGAACUAGUAGUGAUUCUGUACCAGCAGUGGCACGUGUUAGUAAUCGUAGCAGUACUAGUGAGGUUCAGGUGUUAACCCGUUGCAGUCUGAAGUCUCCUGUUUUUUCUUUCUGUCCUGGUUGAGAUGGAUAAAUCUGGUCGUCUCCUUCUGGAGACUCCAGCCGACCUCCAGAACCUUCUGCUGCUGAGGAAGACCAAGAGACAGGAGAGAGCUGCUGGCAGGAGACCUGGUGCCGCCCCCCCUGCUGUCCAGACAGUGCCUUAUUAUGUGGAUGAGGAGGAUUUUUUUAAGGCCUGUGAUCAGAAUCAGCAGCUGGUGAUAGACAGGUACCUGUCCACAGGUGGAGACGUCAAUGCCUACGACACCUUUGAGCGUACAGGUCUCCACAGAGCGUGUUUUCAGGGUCACACAGAUGUUGUCACCAAACUGUUGGAGGCUGGAGCGAACAUCCACAGCAGAGACAAGCUGUGGUCCACAUGUGUCCACUCUGCCUGUCGAGGAGGAAAACUGUCGGUACUCAAACAGCUGUUGAACCAUGGAGCCGACAUGACUGCAACCGACAAGCUCGACAGCACUCCUCUUCAUGUCUCUGUGAGGACUGGACACCACGACUGUGUCGAACACCUGAUUCACUGUGGAGCUGAACUCAACACACAGGAUAGAGAGGGAGACACUCCUCUUCACGACGCUGUUCGACUCAACAGAUUCAAAGUCAUUAAGCUGCUGUUACUGCAUGGAGCCGACACACACAUCACCAAUCAGGAUGGACGUUGUCCUCUGGACGGGGUGUUGCAGUGGCAGAAUGACGCAAAGACUCUCCUCACGGAGACGAACCUCAGGAAGUGAUGUCACUCACAGAGCCGAACAUGUUAUAGGGGAGCUGCUGGUUCCUCAUUCUGUAUCCUUGUUAUUUUUAUGGGUUCUCCCCUUGAGUGACAUCUGCAGCUGGAAGAAAAGUCAAGGAACAAGGUUCAUUGUUGUUCUGGUAAAUUAGUAAAAAUGAAAUGUUUUCUUUUUAAUUUUAAAAUGAAAACAAAUUGACAGAUUUGUUUUGGAAAUCAUGAAAACUUUUCUCACUCAGACUUUAGAAAACAUGAUCGGCUGUUUAACAAGUGGAUGCUCUGCAUGUUGUGAUUUAUUACUUU